GUCGCCACGGCAGUCGCGCGCCGACCGCGCAGCUCAUCGCAUGACCGUGAUGACACAGUGAGUGACAGUGAAAAUGGUGACCGGUGUCGGGCAGCCGGCCGUGCCGGAGAAAAAGGCAGAGAAUAGGAGGAGCAAUAAGCCGAUAAUGGAGAAGAGGAGGCGGGCACGUAUCAAUAAUUGUCUCAACGAACUGAAGGCGCUCAUAUUGGAUGCCAUGAAAAAAGACCCAGCCAGACACUCGAAGCUCGAAAAGGCCGACAUCCUCGAGAUGACCGUGAAGCACCUGGAAGGUCUCCGCACCGAGGCGUCCCCGGACCGGUUCCGUGCCGGGUACCGGCAUUGUGUGUCCGAAGUCUCCCGGUUCCCGGGCCUGGAGGCAGGGUUGAGGAAGCGGCUGGUGAAGCAUUUGGAGGGAAACGUGGAGGGGGCAAGGCCACCGGGUGCGCCGACGCCGCCGUCUGAUGCGGAGGACGCCGCUGUUCCGCAUUCCACUAUUUUAAUAUCAGCGGGCCCCGGCUCCGGAGUGCGCCUCGUCCCAACGCGCCUCUCCAACGGCGACAUCGCCCUGGUCCUCCCAGCCGGCGUCAGCGCCAACGCUCUAGGAGCAGUUCCAACCCUCGUCCCCCUCUCCCCUCGAGCGUCCUCCGCCUCUUCAGAACCCAGGUGCUUCUCACCAGCCAGCUCUGGAUGGAGCUCCCCUCCACCUGCAGAUGAUCCAGCGCCUUUAGCUUUAGUUACGAGGAAAACGCCGGAGGAUAAACCGUGGAGACCGUGGUGACAGUUUUUUGUAACGCUUUUUAUGAGAAUUCUGAUGGAAGAUGGGUUGUCCAAACUGUAGUCCAAAAUCUCCCAACUACGGUCCAAAACUUGGACUAUACCUAAAAAAAAUUGGAGACCUCGUGGAAACCUAUUGCCUCCGCCUUUGCAAGAACACGCUAGGGGUAGGACAGACAACUCCAUAUAGAUGGUGAAGUGAUCUGAGGUUUCAAUUUAUUUCAUGAUUAAUCUCUAGCCAGUGUAAAGUCAACCCAGUGUCUUU